AUGGCGGAGCUGCAGUCAGCAGCUGAAACAGCAGCAGAGUCAGCCCCGCCACCGCACUUUAAACACGACAGUCACUACCCUCAACCCGAGGCUCCACAGCACUUAGUAGAAUUCACGCAGCGCGCGCUGUCACCAUGCAGCCAGCAAGACGCCACCUCCGGUUGGCCGCGCCUCACGCUGUCCGGAAACGCUCGCAGCCGCAUAGGAACACCAGAAAGGGACCCUAGCUCGCUCUUCAAACUCCACACCACACACACACACAUAUACUCUUGCGCACGCGCAGGUUCUGCGCCUGCGCACUCGUCCUUCUCCGCUCACAAGCCUCAGCGCGCAGGCGCAGUCCGACGGCUCUCCGUUGAGAAGUUCCCGCGGUUUCCCCUCUCGUGCGAGCCCGGUCGGCGUCUGUCUCUUCCGUCGGCGCCCCCGGCCACGGAGUGGCAGGAGCUGUGCUCGGAAGACAGGGGCAGCGCCCCGGAGGGAGGUGGGAUCAGUGCUGUGGCCACAGGACAGCUCAGCGCUCCGAAGGGUCUGUCUGACUUUAGGACCGCCAGGGCGUUUUCCCAGGCAGUCCUUCACUUGGGUCUCCAGUGGAGGCACGCGGGGAGGCUCCGCCCCGCCCCCCAUCCAUUCAUUACCUCGUCGCCUGCAGGGAGCUGGCAGUCAGAUACGAAAUUAAAUGCACCCAUACCUUUUAUCACCAUGGAGAUCGUGGAGGAUCGGUUCCCAUGUGUUCUGUCUCAGAGGCAGCAGCUGGACAGCAGCAUACUCUCUCCCUUGUGAACAUUAACAGGGAAUUUUUAAAACAUGUUUAACUAUGGGUUCAAAUUGAAGAACGAUAUUUAAGUCAUUAUGGAGAGGAGAGCAGUUGUGCAAAGUCUCCAAGUAAAUCAGAGAGAAGAGGAGCCCUAGUGUGGUAAGACCGAAGCAGGCUUGUUCAUGCGUGUCUCCUCUGUGGACAUGUUU